AUGAAGAAAAAAAAAACAUCUUCGAUUAAUUAUGAUCAAAUAAAACAUGAUAUGGAAAAAUGUGAUGCAGCUAUUAAGGAUUACGAAAAGGAAAUGAAAAUAUGUACCAACAACGAUUUACUUAAUUAUUAUAUUGCAUCAGCAAAUAAAUUACGAGAUCAAAGUACAAUGUUUUUGGAAAUUUAUAAAAAACAAGAAACUGAUUCAAAAUUAACUGAAGAAAUACAAAAAUUAUCAUUGAAGGUUGAUUAUCUUUUACAACAAAAUAAAGAUCGUCUUAAAAAUGAAUUAGAUUGUUGGGAUAUAAGUUCAACCAGAACAAAAGAAGAACAAGAUGAUUUUAAAAAUAAAUUAAUUACGUAUUAUAAUUGUGGUUCACCCAAGAUGAGAAUAAUUAAAUGUAUGAUCUUAAACAAAUACUUUGACCGAAAUUUUGUACGUGCUUCAAAUAUAUGGAAAGCAGCUACAAAAGGUGUAGGAUUAGAUGAAUUUAAAUUAAAUGAAUACGAUGUCAAUAAUGAACGAAAUGGCUUAUUAUUAUAUGAAUCAAUUGAAAAAGCUCUUGAUUAUAAAAAAGUUAUGUUUUCUUUAUGA